AUGAUCACGGACACGACACCACCGCAUUCUUCCGCCACCUCUGAACCAAUUCCCGCCGCGCCUACGCCGGAGGACGAGGACAUGGCUCGCUGCCUUAUGCUCAUCUCCCAAGGCGGAGGAGUCUCGCGUCAUCCUCCUGCCAUCCCCAAGUCGCCGCUGUACAAGGAGGAGAGCGGCAGCGGGAGCAAAUUCUGCAGCAAGAAAUAUAUAGAGACGACCACCGUGGGCGGCGGGGGAGGGGUGAAAGUGGGGAUGUAUGUCUACGAAUGUAAAACGUGUGGCCGCACGUUUCCGACGUUUCAAGCGCUGGGCGGCCACCGGACCAGCCACACCAAGGAGAAGCCACCGUUGACGACGGUGGAAACCGCCGCCGUGAAGAGGCCGCUGUCCUUGUACGAUGAAGAAGACAUUAAUCCUUAUCCGUUCAACAAGACCCCUAAAAUCUCUCCCCCUUUCUCUUCCCUCCAUUUCUACGAUUCCGCCAAGUCCUCCCCCAGGAUUCACGAGUGCUCCUACUGCGGCGCCGAAUUCUCGUCCGGCCAGGCGUUGGGCGGCCACAUGAGACGCCACCGUAACUCCACCGCCGCCGCCGCCGCCUCGCAGUUGAGCCCGAGCUCUUCCAGCUUCGAGAAAAGGGUACUCCAAAAGGAAGAAAAUAAUGGGAAAGGUUUGAAUUUGGAUCUCAACCUCCUCCCCGCCGGAGAAGAUAAUCAAGAUCAUCGUCGUGCUAGGGAGCUGCCGGAAAAUCAAGAACAACAACCGCCGCAAGUACAACCAACCCUUUUUUUGUCCACCACCCCACCGCUGGUUGGCUGCAAAUACAUAUAA